AUGCUCAUAAAGAGGUUUCAAGUUUUCAUAUGCAGGAAACCGUUGAUUGGAUGGGUUCAUUCAGCUACAUUUACAUUUACAAACAACUGCCCUUAUACAGUUUGGCCAGGAACUCUAACAGGCGGUGGUGGUGCUCAAUUAUCCUCGACCGGUUUCGAGUUAGCCACGAAAGCUUCAUCAACCUUAAACGUUCCGGCCCCAUGGUCCGGUCGCUUUUGGGGUCGAACUCAAUGCGGAGAAACAGCCGGUAAGUUCCAGUGCACCACCGCGGACUGUGGAUCCGGUCAGAUUACUUGCAACGGCGCUGGUGGAAUCCCACCAGCGUCGCUGAUAGAAUUAACCCUCGCGGCGAACGGCGGGCAAGAUUUUUACGAUGUCAGCCUCGUCGACGUUAACUUGCCUCUUUCGAUCACCCCACAAGGUGGAUCAGCAGGUUGCAAGACCACGAGUUGCCCUGCAAAUGUGAAUGCAGUUUGUCUCCCGGAAUUGCAGGUUAAGGGAUCGGACGGUAGUGUUGUGGCGUGCAAGAGUGCGUGUUUGGCCUUUAAUCAACCGCAAUAUUGCUGCACCGGCGCUUAUAGCUCGCCGGAUAAGUGCGUUCCGACAAUGUAUUCAAAGUUCUUUAAGGGACAAUGCCCUCUGGCUUAUAGUUACGCUUUUGAUGAUAAGAGUAGUACAUUUACAUGCAGCGGUGGAGCUAAUUAUCUAAUAACUUUCUGCCCUUGAAGUGCUUCAGCUAUUUAUUUC